CCAGAGUCGUAAAACUAGGUUUAAAAAAAGUAAGCAAAAGUUACAAGAAAAUCGGAAAAUUUUGGAGGAUAUUCAUUCGUAAAGAACUAGGAAAAGAAAAGUUAUGAUUUACACAGUAAUGAACAGUUUCAAAUUAGUAAGGAAAGUAUCUGCACGCACAUGGCGUUCUUUUUCACGAUGCACAGUUUUACAACAAGAAGUUUCAGAAGCUAUAUCACCACUCAUAAUUCCCCCACCUGAGGGUGUAGACAAACCAGUUUCACCCAAAAUUGAGAAGAUUGUGACAGAUAUCACAAACCUAAACCUGUUAGAAGUUUCUGAGCUCAGUCAGGUCCUGAAGAGAAGGUUGAAUCUUCCUGAUGCGCCUAUGAUGCCUAUGGGUGGGUUUGCUGCUAUGGCUGCUCCUGCUGCGCAGGAUGAGGAAGAGGCUGCACCAAAAGCAGUCAAAACUAGCUUUACUGUGAAAAUGACUAAAUACGAUGACAAACAGAAGGUAGCACUGAUCAAAGAAGUAAAGAGUCUUCUAGAAGGCUUCAACUUGGUCCAAGCCAAGAAGUUUGUUGAAAGUGUACCCACAGUAGUCAAGGCAGACAUUUCCAAAGAUGAGGCAGAAAAGUUAAAAGAGGCACUGUCUAAAGUGGGAGCUGUUAUAGAAAUUGAUUAGGACUUUAGAUGUAGUUGUCGUUUAAGUAUUUUGUGUAAUUUAGAAUUUAAAAUAUAAGCAUUUAAAAC